GAUACUUUUCUAGUUGUGCGCUUCGUUAAACUCGACUCAAAUAAAAGUAUAAGCAAAAAAGCUAGGGUUUGAAAAACCAAUCUUCUGGAGAACUAAUUGCUGAUUUCGCCGGAGAUAAUUGGGGAUUUCGCCGGAUUCCCGUCGCCUCCGGUGAGUUCUAUUGCUUUAUCCUUUAGUUUUCCGAUUAUCUGUAAAAUGGAAGAAUUGAAGUACAAAUCGAACGAAUCGAAGAAACGUCACCGCGAUAAUAAAGAGGAUAAUCGAGAUCGUCAUUAUCGUUCUUCAUCUGAUAAGAAAGAUCGAGAUAGAGAGAAAAGUAGCCGUUACGACAGAGAAAAAAGUACCGAUAGAGAAAAAAGUAGUCGAUUUGAAAGAGAAAAAAGUAGCAGUAGAUUUGAAAGAGAGAAAAGUAUUGAUAGGGAUAGGGGAAAGCAUAAGGAUAGGCAUAGUAGGGGAGAUAAGGAGAAAGAGAAGAGCGGAAAAGUUCGUGAUGAUGAUGAAAGGCCUAGAGAGAAAGUAAAAGAUCGAGAUAGAGAAAAAGAGCGAGAAAAGAUUAAGGAGAGGGAGAAAAUUAGGGUUCAUGAUGAUGUUGAUGAUGAUGAUGAUGAUGAAAGACCCAGUAGAGAUAAACUAAAAGAGCGAGAAAAGGAUAAGGAAGAUCGCGCGAGGGAAAAAGAAAGGGAAAGAGAAAAAGAACGGGAAAGGGAAAGAGAGAAAGAACGGGAAAGGGAAAAGGAGAGAAAGCGCGAUAGGGAGAGGAGAGAAAGGGAGAAGGAGCGGAAUCGGGAAAAGGAAAGACAUCGUGAAGUAGUCGAAAAGAGGAGUGAUGAUGAAGUGGAUGCAAAGGAACGGGAAAGAAAGAGGCGAAAGAGGGAUAAUGAUGAUCAUCAUAAGGAGAGGGAGAGGGAAAAGGAAAGGAAAAGAAUUGAUGAAGUAUUAGUAGAAAAGAAUGACAAGAGUAGAGAAGAGGAUUUAGCUGAGGAACAAAGGAAAUUAGAUGACGAGAUGGAGAAGCGAAGGAGGAGAGUUCAAGAAUGGCAAGAGUUAAAAAGAAAAAAAGAGGAAACCGAGAGGGAGAAGCUUGGGGUUGAUGGAGGUAGUGAAGAGCCGAAGUUGGGUAAAACGUGGACUUUGGAUGGCGAAUCUGAUGACGAAGAUGCUGAGGGUAAACAACAUGGGAUGGAUAUUGAUAUGGAUGAUGAUAGUGGCAAGGUUAUGGACAUUGAUGAUGGUUCUGGCAAGGCAGUUAGUUCACCUGUUAUUGAGAAUGGGAAUGAUGGUGUAAAUGAGGGCGAAGAUGAGAUUGACCCGUUGGAUGCUUUUAUGAACUCUAUGGUUUUGCCUGAAGUUGAGAAGCUGAACAAUGCCGUAGACAAUAAUAAUCUUGAUGGUGAAAAUUCCGGUCUUUUGGUAGAGAAGGGCAGCAAAGAAGAAAAGUCGUCUAAGCCUAAGAUGAGCACCAAGAAAACCAUGGGAAGAAUUAUCCCUGGUGAAGAUUCUGAUUCGGAUUAUGAGGAUGAUGUUGAGAAUGAUGGUGAUGAUCCUGUGGUGGAAGAAGAUGAUGAAGAAUUUAUGAAACGGGUGAAGAAAACCAAGGUGGAGAAAUUGUCAAUUGUUGACCAUUCGAAAAUUGAUUAUCCUCCUUUCAGAAAGAACUUUUAUAUAGAAGUUAAGGAGAUUUCAAGAAUGAGUGCUGAAGAGGUUUUCGCUUACAGGAAACAACUGGAAUUGAAGAUCCAUGGCAAGGAUGUUCCGAAACCAAUCAAAACAUGGCAUCAGACGGGACUGUCCUCGAAGAUGCUAGACACUAUAAAGAAACUGAAUUACGAGAAGCCCAUGUCUAUUCAAGCUCAGGCUUUGCCAGUAAUUAUGAGUGGCCGAGAUUGUAUUGGGAUUGCUAAGACAGGUUCUGGUAAAACGUUGGCGUUUGUGUUACCAAUGCUGAGACAUAUUAAGGACCAGCCUCCGUUGAUGUCUGGUGAUGGUCCUAUUGGGCUGAUAAUGGCACCUACAAGAGAGCUUGUGCAGCAAAUCCAUAGUGAUAUUAAGAAGUUCACAAGAGUGAUGGGUCUCAGUUGUGUACCUGUGUAUGGAGGUUCCGGUGUUGCUCAACAGAUCAGUGAAUUGAAACGAGGAACUGAAAUUGUUGUGUGCACUCCAGGUAGGAUGAUUGAUAUACUCUGUACAAGUGGUGGGAAGAUUACAAAUCUGCGAAGAGUCACUUACUUGGUCAUGGAUGAAGCUGAUCGGAUGUUUGAUAUGGGAUUUGAACCUCAGAUCACAAGAAUUGUUCAAAACACACGUCCGGACCGUCAAACAGUCCUGUUCUCUGCAACUUUUCCUCGUCAGGUUGAAAUUCUAGCUCGUAAAGUUUUGAACAAACCUGUUGAAAUACAGGUAGGUGGUAGGAGUGUUGUGAACAAGGAUAUCACACAAUUGGUUGAGGUGAGGCCAGAAAGUGAUAGAUUUCUUCGGCUUCUUGAAUUACUUGGUGAAUGGUACGAAAAAGGUAAAAUUUUGAUAUUUGUUCACACACAGGAGAAAUGUGAUGCUUUAUUUAGGGAUUUGCUCAAGCAUGGUUAUCCUUGCCUCUCCCUUCACGGGGCAAAGGAUCAGACUGAUCGUGAGUCCACCAUAUCCGACUUUAAAAGUAAUGUAUGUAAUUUGUUGAUUGCUACUAGUAUAGCAGCCAGGGGUUUAGAUGUCAAAGAACUUGAACUGGUAAUCAAUUAUGACGCUCCAAACCAUUACGAGGACUAUGUUCAUCGUGUUGGUCGGACUGGUCGAGCUGGUAAUAAAGGUUGUGCCAUCACUUUCAUAUCCGAAGAUGAUGCAAGAUAUGCUCCUGAUCUUCUAAAAGCUUUGCAACUGUCGGAGCAAGUGGUUCCAGAUGACCUUAAAGCUCUUGCGGAUGGUUUCAUGGCGAAGGUGACUCAGGGACUUGAGCAAGCACAUGGGACUGGUUAUGGUGGUAGUGGUUUUAAGUUUAAUGAAGAAGAGGAUGAAGUGAGAAGAGCAGCCAAAAAAGCACAGGCAAAAGAAUAUGGGUUUGAGGAAGAUAAAUCAGAUUCAGAGGAUGAAGAUGAAGGAAUUAGAAAAGCAGGCGGUGACCACAGUCAGCAGGCUGCCCUUGCUCAUGCUGCUCUUGUUGCUGCUUCCAAAGUGAGUAUGGCUUCAACGGCAACUCCAGUUUCAGCUGGUCAGCUUCCUUCCAAUGGUGGAUUACCUGUUGCAUUGCCUGGUGGACUUGGUAUGAACAUACCAGGUGCUACAGCAGUUGCUGCUGGAAAUGGACUGCCAGUUGGCCCGAAUGAUGUGACAGCCAGAGCAACAGCAUUGGCAGCUGCUUUGAACUUGCAGCAUAACUUAGCAAGGAUUCAGGCUGAUGCAAUGCCUGAACAUUAUGAAGCAGAAUUAGAGAUAAAUGAUUUUCCUCAAAAUGCUCGCUGGAAGGUUACACACAAGGAGACUCUGGGUCCUAUUUCUGAAUGGACAGGAGCUGCCAUCACUACUCGAGGACAGUUUGUUCCACCUGGCAAGUUACCAGGGUUUGGGGAAAGGAAGCUGUACUUGUUCAUUGAGGGACCCUCGGAACAAUCUGUGAAGAGAGCAAAAGCAGAACUGAAACGGACUUUGGAGGACAUCACCAUGCAAGCAUCAUCGCUUCCUGGUUCGGCUCAACCGGGCAGAUACUCAGUUGUAUGAGAAUGAAUGCUGUUGCCAUUUGUGAUUUUUCAUUUUUGUCUACUAUCUGUUCCAGGCAAAUUAUUUCCUAAGUUUUUUUUUUUUUCUCAUUUUGAGAUGACUUACCUUGUAAUGAUAUAAACAGGUUUAACUAGAUACAUGAUUAUUCUCAGUGACCAGCCAUGGUUAGUUCCUCUGCUUUAUGAUUUUAUAAAUCCUGUUAUCAUAAACUUGAAAUUUCAAUUAUCUAGAAGAUUAUUUUGUGGGA